ACGGUCGACGUUCGAUAGCUCGAGAGAGCAUGCCCGUUGCAAAUCGUUCCGUUUCACGGUGCCCACAUAUCCGAAAAAAAAUUCGAUAGAAGUGGCGAAUAAUAAUCGCAAAAAAUUGUGACAACAGCCUUGGAAAUCGUUCCAGUGAACCAACCAAUCAUCGACCCCCUGUUCUUGUGGCGUCUUGAGUCUGACACUGCUCGCCAAUUUUUUUUCUCCAUUUUUUUUUUCGCAAAAUGAAUGAGUUUAUUCAACACGUUGGUUAUGUAGUUGCUACGUUACUCGUUUCAUUGCAAGCUGUUUCUUCGCCGUGAACGACCUCUCACGAUUCAUCCCCACCCCAUCUGUUCUCAAAACCUGGCCGACUUGGAUGCACCAGAAGUACCGUACGGGUACGAAAUACCGAUUUUAUUUGGUUAGUUUUUUUUUUUAAAUCGAGAAUUCGAGUUGUUGGGUGAUUUUUCCUUCAAGAGGGGACAAUGGAGGGGCUUCGCCGGGCAGUGGGAGAAGUGAGGCUCUCGUUAUUAGCCCACCAUCUCCAUGGAGAAGCAUUUGUUGUAGUCGAUUAUUUUUUUUGACGAUUCACUCGCCAUUUAUUUGCGGCGAUUCGCGAAAAGAGGGACAUUUUCUUUUUGCCAAGAUUCAGUGAACGUGUGGGUGCCACUCCUACGAUUAUUUGGUCCGGGGACAACUAGUGGGGAACAGUCACGGGAUCCAACGCGCUGGUUCGUGUUGUAAUUGCCGAUCUUUCUCGAUUAUUGUUUUUCUGGAUUCAGAAAUCGAUUCAACCUCGAGAAGAAAAUAUAUCUAUUUAGAAUUAGAGCAGUAAGAUCGAACUGAUUGCCGAUUGUCCUCGAUAAUUGACCCUUAAAAAAUCGAGAACUCAAUUUUUGUUUUAUCCUUUGAAUUUUGAAAUCGUAAAAUCGGUCGUGAAGGAGCAGCUAACGAAGACUGGAGGGCAUCAUCUCGGUGUAAACCCGAAGACUAAAUUGAGAACAUAAAAAAAAUGAUAUGCAGCACUUCGGAAGUUGUUCGGGGCGUUCGAUUUAUCGUUAUCUCCCUAGAAUAAUACCGAUAAGAGUUCGUUCCGUUGUGACUAAUACGUAGGUACAAUUGGAGUCAUUUAUUUCGUGCGAUUGUGAAAGUUGGAUUUUCUUGUGUUAAAAAAUUGAAUCGUUUUUAAUCGGCCCAUUGAGUGAGUGAAACGAGUUCUGGAGCUCAAUGAACGAGAGACAACAGUGGAAUUAUAAAUAGACGUGAUAUAUUUAGCUGUCGAUUGAUCAAUCGCUGGUGAAUGAUUUGACUUCUGAGAAGUGACUGUCAGUAAUAAAAAUAAUUAAUAAACAAAAAAAAAAGGGCAUUGAGUUGAUUAGAGUAGACGAGUGACCAUGAUGAAGUUCAAAUCGCUGUUUCGAAGAGGACAGCAAAGCCACUUGCCCCAUCAGCAGCAGCAAACGGGCCAUCCUUCGCCACCAGCACAAGCCCAACUGCAGCAACAGCCACAGGUGGCCCAGUGCCUUCAUCCACGACAGGCUCCCAGUGUAUCGUCACUCGAGGGUAAAAACGAUAAUAUACAGAACGUUAACUGGCAGGUUAAGGACAGUGUCAAGGGUGCCAAGGUGCACAGUAAAAGUACGCUGAAAAAUAGCAACAGGAUGCAGGAGCUCGAGCGAGAGCUCGAGCUCUUACGAAAAGAGAGAGCGAGACUUGAGGCCGGUAUCAGGGAGUCAACACACGAUGCCAAGUUAAUUCACGAACUCAAGACUGAACUUGCAUUUGUCAAGGAGCAACACACCCUAGAAGUCGAGAGACUGACAGAGGACAACCAGGUCCUUCGUGCUCGUCUCCGCGAUGUGGCGCACUCACCCCUGUCCGAUGCCGAGAAGCACCAGCUUCUCCAGGACGCGGCGCGCGAUGAGCCCCCAGUGCCCCAAGUCGACCCCACCACAACCCCCUCGACAGAUAAUCCAAGAUGUCCAACCCCAGAAUGGGACAAGCGAUCCUCGAGUUCAGUAUCAGAAGUAUCAGUCGCGUGUUUGCAGGACAGAAUUCUCCAGAUGGAGGAGACACACUAUUCCACGAACGAGGAACUCCAGGCGACGAUUCAGGAGUUGAGUGAUCUCCAGGCACAGUUGUCCGAGCUUCAAACAGACAACGAGAGACUGACCGAGGAGAAGGCAGUCCUCCUGGAGUCCCUCUGUAGGCAGACGGAAAAGUUGGAGGACUCCAGGUCCAAGGUGGAUACCCUCCAGGGGCUUCUGUUGAGGGAGGAGAAGCCACAGGACUCGUCCAAGGGUUACAACACCGAGCGCGAGCAAAAGCUCGUGGAUCUGUUGAAGAGCGCCCAAGAGGAGCGGGAGUCCCUCUUGCAGAAGCUAGAAGAGCUGUCCAGCGAGUUGAAGGUCCUCCGGGGAUCAGCUGAGGCCAGCACUGGAGAAGCUGAACGUCUUGCUAAAAGAGUUCAUCAUCUGGAGGUGACGGUGGAGGCAGGCAGUGUUGAGAGGAAGCAGCUGGAUGUGGAGUUGGUGGGAGCGAGGCAGGAGAGUGCCAACAGGAAUAUUGAAAUCAGCAGGCUGGCGACACUCCUCGAGAACGCCCGAGCAAAGAUUGAGGAGCUCGAGCAGAGCAGGCAGGUGGAGAGCAAGAGCGAGGCUGAUGAACUGUUGGAUGCUGCCAGGAGGGAGAAAGACACACUUGAGACACAGGCUGCUGCACUGCAGGAGCAACUCGCCAGGAGCCACUGCGAUCAUGAUAGACUGAGGGAUCAGUACUCGCAGCUGCAGGAGGAGUGUAAGGUGACGCGAAACAACGCAAAAUCUGCGAUCGAUGAUUUAGAAUAUCGACUGAGCCAGUUAAAGGAAGAGCGACUAUCGGUAAACACAGAACUGCAGUUGGUGCGUGACUCUCUGGCAGAGCUUCAGGCUCAGUGCCAGAGGCAUCUCGAGGACAAGCGCGAGCUCAAGGCAGCUCUGAGCGAGGCCCAGCGGCGUGAACGAGAGGCCCAGCUCCGCCAGUACGAGCUCGAACGAACUCUCAACGAUGAGAAGAAGCUCAGACAGAGCGAGAGCGCCGAAUGGGAACAAUUUCAGAACGAUUUAUUGAUGACUGUCAGAGUCGCCAAUGACUUCAAGACUGAGGCUCAGUUGGAGCUGGAGAGGGUCGUGAUGGAAAAUAAAACACUCAGGGAUAGACUGCGAGCCCUGGAGGGACAGGUGGAGAAGCUGAAUAAAGCACAACCGGAGUUGUCAGACCCCCCGGACCCCAAAAUCGAUCGAAGGAACGUAAUUUUCAAGAGAGGAAGAACGAUCCUUCGGAAGAGAAGCGUCGACGAUCUGAGGAUCCCCGAAGAUAAAUCCGAAAAGCCUACGAAGCACAAGCGAAGUGCCUCAACAUCUCAGGAACAAGUCGAAGAGAAGUACCCAAUCUACCGAAAUCUGUCGUAUCCCACUCUUCUGGAGCCAUAUUUGGCUCCGAAAAUUCCCUCGAAGACUUGUCAGGUGGACUCGAACCGACAAAGUACUCGGGAGAAAUCGAAAAACUUGAAGAACAUGCGGAACUCAUGCCUGGAGUCCAUCCAAGGCAUUCAGGGAAUCGACGAAAAUUCUUAUUGGCUCCACGUGUCCAACUCCAAAUUCCUGGUUCCUCGAUCUACCGUACAAUCUAAUGUUGGCAGAUCCAUGGACGAUCUGAGGUUUCAAGUCGAUCCCGAGAUGACAAGAAUUUUACGCCAAAGUCUUGAAAAAAAAUCACUGAGUGAACACAACCUGAAUAGGGCCGUGGGACAGGGCCUAUCGACGCUAAUUCCUCAUAAAAGCUUUGAUGACAUGAGUGAUAGGACAGUGGAGGCUAAACCGAUUGUCAUUGACAAGCGAGGAGCUGUGAAGGACUACUCGAUCACCACUGAGCUGAGUAAUCCCAAUCCUCACUUGAUUAUGAGCCCGACACUUUACGUUCCUCGAUUGUCGUUGGAGAAUAUCGAUUGUGAAUCGUCAGAGGAUAUUUGCGAUGGCUUUGAGGAACACAAACCGAAGAAGUCUGUGAGGUUUUUAGGAUAUGUCAGGAGGAAUGGAGGAUUGAAUGAUGAUCUGGGGGUAGGUCAGUCGAAUUAUCUGAAGAGAUCGAUCGACGAAUCUCUCGGAAACGGACGCUCACUGAAUUUGGGAUCAUUCGAGGAGGAAUCGAGGGACAAAAAGUGUUGUAGAUCGAUCGACGACGGUUUGUCUCAGAAACCAGUGGAUCAUGUCCUUGUAAAAUUAGGGAAGUCUCCGCAGGACAUGCGGGUUGAUGCCUCGACUCCGAAGUCUAAUGACUCGAGUGUUUUUACGUUCAAUGCACCAAUCCCAGACCAGAAGGAGUCGAGGCAUGUCGAUGAAAAACUGAAGGGGAAAAAAAUAAACACUGGAAUAAAUAACGAUAGAGAUUCUGAUAAAAGUAGCUGUGGGCCAAUUACUUCUCCGAGGAAGUUUGUACGUUUUGAAAAAUCCUUGGGAAGCGAUGUGCAUAAAUCACUCGCAUCACCAUCGAAAAGUUUAGAUAACAGUCGUAGACAACUUCAGGCAGAUGGAACCCAACGAAGAGUAAACGAGAAAUUUAUGGGACGGACAUUAUCGUUGAGGGAAAAGUUUGAGUCUAUUUUGGAAGACGUUGAGCUGAGGCCUCAUCAAGCGAUGGGAGCCAAUCAGAAAAAUCCCACACCCCCACCUCCCAGACCUGUGAGUGCACCUACGGAGACACAGCAAAGUGUUUUAACCAGUGUUCAGCAGGAAAUGGCAGCUAGGAGGAAGGCUAAUAUUUCCAGGCAGGAUUCUAGGCUCUCGGUUAAAUGUUUGAUCGAGAGCAUUGAAAACGCCACUAAACAAGCCAAAGCUGGUCCAGGUAGUCGAAGUAGCUCUACUUCGUCGUUGAAUUCCAUUGGGACUAAUGAUAUAUUAUCUUUGAAAGCACCGCUGAGAGAUCAACAACAGAUUAAUAAUCUUAUUUGUUCUGCCAAUCCUACGAAUAAUAAUAAACAACAGUCUACGGGGAAUAGAAAAUUGACUUUAUCAGAAUCUCAAAAAUCAUCGGGUCCAGUUAGCCUGAGCCCUGGAGAACUCCUUGACUCCGCAGCUCUCAACGCAAAAGCCAUUGACUUUGUUCGAAGAAACAGCGUCACUGAUCUCUCUGAACGUAAAGAUCCACUCUGUGGUCUCGUUAAAAAUGGCGGUUCAAAGCGAAAUGCUUUAUUGAAAUGGUGUCAGAACAAAACUGUUGGCUACAGAAACAUCGAUAUCACGAAUUUCAGCAGCUCGUGGAAUGAUGGCCUAGCACUGUGCGCUAUUCUUCAUUCUUAUUUACCUGACACAAUACCAUAUGACUCGCUGAGUCCCUCGGAAAAACGCAGGAAUUUUUCACUGGCAUUUUCAGCAGCCGAGAGCGUUGGUAUCCAAACAACUCUGAAUAUUGGAGAUAUGUGUCAACUAGAACGUCCCGACUGGCAGCAAGUGAUGACCUACGUAACGAGCAUCUACAAACACUUCGAGACAUGAACGUGAAACAGCAUGGAAACAUAAUUUAAAUUUUAUAUUGAGUGAAAGAUGGCAUCUAGUCAAUCGAAACUCUGAAGAUGGAUUCGAAGCUGCGAAACAUGAGUGAAUAACAGGCAGAUAACAGCUGAAUGCUGGAAAGCAUGUGUCGUGCGCCAUAACAGAUACGACUAAUUCUUUUUUAAACUAAAUGAGACUGAAAAACACCGACUACAUGAAACGUAUUUUUAAUAAUUUUUGUUCUCCUCAACGUGGAGAGAGCGGGCAAUGUUUUCAAAUUGUCCUCACGUCACUGCUAUUUCGCUGAGUGUCUGUCAGAUAAAAAUGAUAAGAAAAAUUGUCCUGUAUUGCAGUGGUUAAACGGAACAGUUAAUCGUUCAUCUGUUAAUUACUAAAUUAUCCAGAAAGCUUGAGACUUAUCGAAAAAUGGGGGAUAUUUUUUACGGUUCCAUCGUUUUUGUCAGCAGACACAUAAUCGGAUUCUUGUAAGCUUCUAGAUAAUUACGUUUAGCCACUUCAAUCCUGAGCAAACCCUCGAGAUAAAUGAUUGUGUAAUAUGAGUAUUCUUUUAAUGUAUUAUUUUAAUUUAAUCUGCUAGGUUUCUCGCCCUAUAAAAUUAGUAGUUAAUCUGUAACUUACGAGAAAGAGCGGAACAAACUGUAUAGGAAUUGGAUAAUUUUAAGGCAUCUAAUUUAUUCUAUUGAGUCACAUCUAGUAUUUUUAAUUGCCCUGCCGAUUUAUUAGCCAUCCUAUAGCCAUGCAGUCUCAUGGCUGUUGAGUGGCUAAUUUUUAUACCUCAAAUAAUGAUAAUUGAAGCAUCUGGGAUUGAUAAAUUUUAAUAAUAUAGGGCAGAGGUACGGCAAAAUGGAACGUCAUCAGUAGCCCUUAACUUUGGAUCCAUCGAAUGAUCCUGCUCUCCCCUAAUCAUUGUGAAGAAUUUAUGAAUUCUAUUGUCAUAUAAUUAUGGUUAAUUAAGCUGUAAAAAUUAGACAUUUGAUUCCCAGAUCGCCAGGGUGAAGAAUCCCCCUCCUCUCACAAAUGAAGAUUUAAACGAGUUCGAUGAAGUUUACUAACUGGAUUGAAGACCACUUUCAUGGUUUACUGAGUGGAUUUUUUUUUCUUUAUAUUAUUUCAAAUGUAACUGUUCACGAUCGUUUGAUAAUUAAGAACUCUGUGAUAUAGUAUUUAUCGUUAAUUAAAUUGUUCUAUGCAUAUGGUGUCCCUCUCCCCACGAUUGAUCCCACGGGCUCUUUAUAUUUUAUUAUACAGAAUUCCAAUAUAUUCAUUGAAUAAAUAACGCAAAUGUGAGCUGUCAUAAA